GCUUUGAUGAGCCGGUGGCGGUGUUCUGUAUGGCGUGUGUGGUGGAAGCCUUUGCUUACCUGCAUAAGAAGGGCAUCAUGUAUCGAGACCUGAAGCCGGAGAACCUGCUGCUGGAUUCAAGAGGAUACGUCAAACUGGUGGAUUUCGGCUUUGCGAAGGAGCUGAGUCGCGGGGCGAAGACCUACUCGUUCUGCGGCACCCCGGAGUACAUGGCGCCGGAGAUCAUCCAGAACCAGGGGCACGACUUCGCCGCCGACUUCUGGUCCCUCGGGGUGCUGGCGUACGAGCUGCUGGCCGGGAGCCCCCCCUUCUCCAGCUCCGAGCCCCAGAAGAUUUACUCCAAGAUCCUGGACGGCGUGCUCAAGUUCCCCCCGCACAUGAGUGAAGCGGCGCGCUCCCUCAUCAGCAAACUCUGCAGACCUCGCCCAGGCCAGAGACUUGGAAACACCAAGAACGGCAUCAAAGAUGUCCGACAUCACAGAUGGUUCAGCACAGUUAAUUGGCACAAGCUGAGAAUGGGACAGGUGGUGGCUCCCACAGUCAGACUCAUCCGAAAGGGUCCCUGCUACAUCAACUUUGACCGCUUCCCCCACGACAAGGCCCUCGCUGAGCAGGAGUUCUCUGCCUGGGACAAAGACUUCUGAGCUCCGGAACAGUGGGCCUUCCAGAACCUUCCAUCCAUCUUGCCGAAGGUUCUAGAAAGGAAUGUUUGUGCUUGUGGGAACGUUGGGAGCGGAACGGGAGUGUUUCUGCUGGAUCCUGAAGUCUGUAGAGGAGAGAAGCCUAAAGCGCUGGUGCCAUCAGUGACCCGCGGUACAUCAGGACAGAUCUGUACAUACGGAACCAUCAACCGGAACCACCAUACACACACACACACACACACACACACUCACACUCACACUCACACUCACUCACACACACACACACACACACACACACUACAUCAGGACAGAUCUGUACAUACGGAACCAUCAUACGGAACCACCAUACACACACACACACACACACACACACACACACACACACACACU